AUGGCCGCGGAGAUGGGGGACUCCGAGGGGAACUCCACCACGUUCCUCGCGUGGCCGUCCUCCACGGGCAGGAUCAUGCGGCAACACAGCAUGGAGUACUGGAUGAUGGCUUCCCUGCAGCAACAACAACAACAAGGAGGAGCGGCGAGGCCGUGGGUGUCGGAGGCCGUCCGGGUACGGGAUCCAGACGCCGUCGAGGCCUUUUUCGUGCCCUUCUCCUCGCUCAGCUUCAACGUGCACGGCCGCAACAUGACCGAUCCCGAUACCGAGGCCGACCGCCUCCUUCAGGUAGCAGACGCUCCUCCACACUCCCUUAUCACACUGCUUUUGCUGGUAGCUCUGUCCUUUGGCCUAGAAUGGAUCAUCUCGGCUCUGAUUGAGACAUCUCUGCUCUGA